GUUCAAAUAGUUAAGAUGACAAGCCUCCAUAUUAUCAUUGGUCUUGGACUCCUCGGACUCUGCUCAAGAGCUCCAAUUGAUGCCACAUCAGGAGAGAGUUACCCUUUAAAUAGAGCACUGAAGGUCGGGGACGUCAUUUCGGCUUGGGGAAUCUACGUGGAUGACACUACAAAAUUCAAUGUCAAUAUUAUCGGUGAUGAUGUCAACAUUCUUCAUGUGGACUUCAGACCAUUCCAGGACACGAUCCGGAUCUUACUAAACAACAAGAUUAACGGAGCUUGGCAGAAGGCAAUCAGACCAGCGUUCGGAAGAAACACGUCGAAGAGACACGUCGUAUAUUCUGGCAAAGUCUUCAAAGUCACAAUUGAGGUCCUAGAUUCGGAAUACAAAAUUUCCUUCAACGACGAAUAGAUUGCUGCUAGAUUCCCACAACGAGAUGACAUUGCUCUAGCCAACGCUGUGGCGCUACGAGAAGGAAGCAACGGAUUCCAGUGGACAAAGAUCGAACUGCCAGCUGAUGGAGGAUGGUCUGACUUUUCGGAAUGGUCUGAGUGCUCGGUUGCAUGCGGGGGAGGAUCUCAAAGUAGAAGCAGAAGUUGUUCCAACCCUGCCCCAGCAAAUGGAGGAGCUAAUUGUGAUGGAGAGGAUUCGGAAUCUCAAGACUGCAAUGCAGACCCUUGCCCCGUUGACGGAGGAUGGUCUGACUUUAUGGAUUGGUCUGAGUGCUCGGUUGCAUGCGGAGGAGGAUCUCAAAGUAGAAGCAGAAGUUGUUCCAACCCUGCCCCAGCAAAUGGAGGAGCUAAUUGUGGAUGGAGACUAUUCGGAGACUAUUCGGAAUAUCAAGACUGCAACAUUGAUCCCUGUCUAGAUUGGAGGCCCAUCUUUAACGCAAAAUCUAAAACAAUCAGAAUUGACGGUACAGAUCCCAUAGAGUUCCAAAUAAACUUUACACAGCACAAAGUGGUGGAUAGUAAAGUGUAUCUGUCAGCCAGUGUGCACUUAUACGACGCUAAAAGGAACCAUAUAGGGAAGGCCAACUUCAUUUUCUACGGUGGAAGCAGCGGGGGACAAGUUUAUAUUCGAGGAUCUCCACGUUUCUACUUCGAUGGACUCUGGUCUGGAAUCAGAAGCUGCCGAACCUGGGGGACCGAGCUGAGUGACCUACGAGGAUUCGACUUUGUAAUGACAAUAGCAGUUGGUUCCCAGUAUAUGUUCCAGUUUGAGAGGGGUACUGGAGAGAGGAUUACAGUUGAUAUGGGGAGUUGUGACACCUACCCGGAGUUGAAGGAGGUUGUUAGAGAAGCUGUCAGCGCUGAAAUAUCUCUCUACACCUGGAAGGGAGACCUCGAGGAUUACUUUACUACUCAGUUCACAGUCGUGUAGAAGUAGAAGUAGAACCAGAACUAGAAGUAGAUACUGUUUUAAUGGACCCUUAUGAUAUAUGCAGUGAAUUCGUUUUCCAUGAACUGGUUUUCUAAUAACAAUAAUUCAAUUAAAUGUAGAACAUUUAGAGUGUAGUUUUAGCUUU